AUCUUUUUAUUGUGUGGCGUCGGUCGCGGUUGUUCCAGACUUACUUUUCUGACUGAGUCUAAGGUCCAAUUCUGAUAAUAAUCCCUACAAAAUUGAUGUGAAUCAUUGAAACUGUGUAUGAGAAGAUGGUAUAGUGACAAUAUAACGCUGAAGUUUGUUGUGAAAGCAUCACAUGAAACAAGAUGGAGGAGGAAAGCUCUGGUGCUGAUGCAAUGGACAAGGAAGUUACGGUGACCAAAGUUUCUGAGGGAUCUGCCGAUUUUGUCAGAAUUAAGCAAGAAGUUGACCUGCCAGAAGAUGACACAUAUUACCCUAUGGAUUUUGGUAUAUCGGUUGACGAUGAGGAAGAAAUGAAUCCUGUCUACGUCAAUAUAGAGCCUGGUUCCUCUGAGCUACCCGAAGACGACCCCAAGUCCAGCUCCACCGCAGGGAAGGACAAAGCCAAGGCCAGGUCUUUGAACUUGAGGAGGGGGAGAAGCAGGAGCAGGUCCCAGUCAGCAAACCUUAAUCUUGCCGAGCCGGAGGGUUGGGAAUCCGAAGACGGCCUGGACGGCUACGUUGCCAGCACCAAUGGGGGCCCCCAACCGAAGAAGACCAAGAUUUUUUCCAGUCUCUCGAACGCGGAGGAGGAAAGCAUGGUGAAGUGGAUCCGAGAAACGGACUGCCUGUACAACAAGAAACGAAUGGAUUACAGGGACCACGCCAGGAAAGAUGUACUCUGGGCUGCCAAGGCCAAAGAAUUGGGGAAGAAAGCCAAUAUCUUGCAAGUAUGGUAUAAAUCAAUCCGUACCAGAUAUGUGAAACUCUCAAGAAAGAAGUCUCGGUGUGGGGUCGCUGAUUUGACAGACCGAGAUCAUUGGAUAAUGAUGAAAUUCAACUUUCUUGCAAAACAUAUUGGGAAAGUUAGACACAAAACGAAUUUCAGAAACACGAGACUUCACAACCAGGUCCACGUACCUCCGACGGUGAAUGCAACUGUCAGUAUUUGUCCCGCUCCCAGCUCUCCCCGUGUGUAUCAGGAAGGGAGCAAUAAUGGAGGUCCUGGAUUCAAGGAGGAGUCAACGCCCGAUGACCACCUGGUUCUCCUUCCGCAUCCACCCGCUCCUGCUCUUGCUCCUCCUAUUCCCUCUUCUCUUGCUCCAGCAAUUCCUUCCUCUCUUGCUCCUGCUAUUCCUUCCUCUCUUUCCGUCACCAACUUUAGUCCCGGCCCGAAUGUAGAGAGCAUUUCAAGGGAUGCGCUCGAAGGAGGUCCGAGAGCCCAGACAGCAACGGCAGAUGGGGAGGCCAAAACUGGUGGUGUUGCUCAGAGAUACGAGCAGUUUGUUCAGAUGCAGGAGAGGGUUCUGAUGACCAUGCUGCAGCCGAGAGCAGUCAACGAGAGAAGUGCCUUCGGGGAUUGGCUGAAGGCUGUCAUAGAGGGUUUUGAUAGGUCGGUCUGGAGAGAAUUUCAGAUGGAGUGUUCUCAACUGGUGUACAAGUAUCAAUGUAGGAAUGAUCAGGUUCUAAGUAGCAAUCCAAGUCAACCAUCAAUGUCCUUUUCUGUGGAUAAUGAUGAACAACCAGAAGGAGAAAGCUAACAGUCAUCCCUCCGUUGUCAGCAGCCGUAUAAUCAUCUUGAAGUUGACUCUUCUUGCCAAUACAUCGCUAGACAGCAGUAUCAAGAUGCAGGGUUCCUGCAGUCAUGGAAAAUCGUGGAAAAAGUUGUGGUCAUGGAAAGUCAGGGAAAAGUCAGAGAAUUUUGAAAAUUUGUGAAAAGUCAUGGAAUUCAUUUACCUCUUGGCUAUGGCAGCUUUCCAGUUUGUUGUGUCUCGCAACUCUCAUACUCUGCUAUUAUAAUUGGUGUUCAUGAUUUCCAUUUUUCCCAGUUUUGUGACAUCCCCAAUUCUACAUAACUCCCGGGAUGUCACGGGAAGUCAUGGAAAGCAGCAAUUUAGUCAUGGAAAGGUCAUGGAAAAGUCAUGGAAUUCCAUUUUCAAAUUUCUGUGGGAACCCUGCAUCUGAAAGAUAUGACUCGUUUUUUUAGUGGAGGAUGGAGUUAAAUUUUUAGAAACGCAGAGAACAGAAAGACAUCAAACAACUCAUAUCUACCUAGAUAAGUCAUACACCGAUAAGGGAAUAGUGUAUUUAUAUGGAUCUGGAUUCAUUUUAUUUGUGACAAACAAUAGACGCAUGGUGUGGUCUGUGAAAGGUCUUGUGGUUAAAGCUUUGGACUCAUGAUCUGCCAUUGUCUCCACUUUGAUAAAAGGACCCGAGAGUAAUUUUUGUUGUCUAUAAGGUCAGCCACUAUGCUUGAUUAACGUAGAAGUGAAAUGUUUCUUAUGUAAUUGCUUAUACCAGCUUGGCGUUCUGCAGCAGAAUGCUGCUCUGCAGUAUAUUGCUACAGGAGUUUCCGUAACAGAAACAGAAAAAGAUAGAGCCAAAUAAAGCCAUUGUAAGGCAGCAAAGCUGAAGGUGAUACUGUUCUUUGAGAUCCUGAAGACAUUCCAGACCUUCAGGACGAAAUGGCCAAUAAAUGUAUGUCUAAAACUUACCUGACGUGUACCUUGAUGAUAAGUCCCAUGUCAUUUUCUGUGGACUCCAUGGUUAAAACAGCAGCAUGAACUAAACAAAAAUGAUGUGAUAAUGUGGCUACUUUUAAAACUCUGUGUUCUGAUUCUAGGAACAAUAUAGACUGAGGGGAUGACUCAUUAAGCUUCCUUCAGCUGAGUUUUAUUUUUUUAGGUGGUAAGGUGUCCUCUGGGGACCAAUGUCAACGGGGGAAACCUGCCUUUUGGCCAGCUCUCCUAUGUGGUAGAUGCUCCAGGGCAUUUUCAGUCUUGAUGAGAGUUCUGUCGUGGUCUGUCCCAAAUAUUGUAAUUUUUGUGCUUGAUCUCGUCAGUUUGUGCCAGUUUUGUAGGGAACUGCUUGAAAUUAAGAUUGAAAAUCAGUAUUAUUUCACAUCAGUUGCAUUUUCCAGUGAUUGUCAAAAUAUUAGAUUUAUUGUCACAUUACCAUGAAAUGAAAAUGCACUGAUUUCAUAGUUGAAAGUAGGACUUUUCAUGAAUUUUUGAAAAAAAAUUAUAUGCAUGGUUUGUACAGUAGUUUUCAUUUGUAAGGUCCUUUCUACUGUAGCUAUUGUGAACGCAGUUAUAGUGUUUAUCUAUGUUGCCACUCUCCACAUAGAUGUAGUAAAUGGGCACCCGGUAGCAGCACCUGAUCAGGGUUAGCCUCUUGUCGAGGCCCUGGCGGCUGCUUCCCGAGCGAAGCGAGGGAUUUCGCGAAUUAGGCCUGGUGCAAGCCAUGGCCUCUUGACAUCUGAGCUGAAUUAUAUAUUCAUGAGGAACGUCUUCCUAAUGAAUAUACAUGAGUCAUGAUAUUACCGGUCACCUAGUAAACCAAUGAAAUGUCAAAGCUUUUUCGUCCGGGGUUCGGAAUACUAUAGUCCACUAUUCUGCAGGGGAUUCAUUUAAUUGCGGGACACUAUAAAAGGGGAUAUAAACAGCAAAAUGCUACAAGUAGUGGUA